GCCCGCCGGACCCUGCGUUCAUUCCCGGGUUGCGGGGGGUGCCAUGGCGGCCGUGCGGGACGUGGAGAUCGAUCCUGAUGGCACGUUCAAGUACAUCCUGGUGCGGCUGCAGCGGCCUGGCGGCGGGGAGCAGCGCGACAUCGUGCGCGGCACCAAGGCGGCCGAGUUCCACAAUCACAUUUUUGAGAAAGUAAAUCCUGAGAUGGAGAAGCUGGGAUAUGAGUGCAAGUGCCUUGGAGGAGGGAAAAUCGAUCAUAAUAGCAAAGAGAAAAAAAUUAGGGUGUUUGGGCUGUCUACAGGCUAUGGAAAAGCAGAUCAUUCGGUGACUGUAGAGAUACUGAAAAAAGUGUACACAGAUUAUGAAAUUACAUGGUCAGAUGACAAGAAAUAAAUUGGCUACUUAUGAAUGUGACAAGCAGUUCAAAUCUGGAAACUUUCUGUGAGUUGUGCUUCAAUAAAUAGAAUGGAAUGUAUGUUAUCAUGAA